AUGUCUUUGAUUUCUGCAGCUGCUGAUCUCAACGAUACCAGCUCGACCACGUCGACAAGUUCGGUUAGGGAAUCCAAAGUUUACCGCAAGGAUGGUAAACCACUUUCAAAAGAGGCUAUCUACAGGGCCAAGCAGAAAUAUGGAGUCUACCAAUCACCAGCCAGAAACACGGGGUCCGGCGUAACUGACGCAAAAUUGGCCUCUGAUGUUGCUGCCAAUCUUGCCAACAACAACAAGACCACGAUUGAGGCGUAUAAACGUCUCGUGGUAGAUUCCAAUGCUUCCAGGGCUGCCACUUUCGUGGCGGGCCGUUCAAGAACAUCUAGUGUGUCAUCGACGGCCACAGCUGUCUCUGACAAGAGAUCUACCAGUGCCGCCACCAAGGCACUUUCGGCAAAACCCGUAGAAGCUCCAGUGGUUGUCACCAAGCCGGCAAUGGAUAUGUCCAAGGUCCUUUCUGGAGCUGAAGCCGCUGCUGGCAAACGCAUCAAUGUGCGCUCGAAUCCAGAGAAAGUUGUGUAUGUCACGUCGAAAGACGCAACAAAGGCCGCAGAACGCAGUUUCUCCUUUACUCCCGAGAUCAUGGACAAGAUCUCAACCAAGAGCCAGCUUGAAGCGGAAGCCGAGGUCGAAGCAGACCCCCACAAAUACGCUUCGCGUGCUGCAUAUGCCGUUCGCGACUUUGACCCCAAUGAGGCUACUGAAAAGGAGCUUUUGGAGCGUGAGAAGAAGAAGCAGGAGUAUUUCGGGAUGCUCACUUCUCCCCAAGUCCUUGCCCUCGCCAAAAGCAACGCUGAGCAAAGUCUGCUGUCUAUUGAAAAGUCUGCGCCCGGUAGCUUGUUCAGAAACGAUGAUUUCAACAGGUUGGCUGUUGCUUUGGCUCAAAAAAACUCCACGCAAAGAUCGGAACACACUGGAAAGAUCAAUUUGGGUGGAGGCUUAUGGUUGAGCCCAUCUGAUGUCGAUAACAUCGCUCAAGGCCUUAUUACUCCGGUUUUGGAUGAAGUUGACAGCAGAGCUUUGCAACAGAGAGCUAUCGAUGAAGAUAUCAAACAAAGAAAGAUCGACUACAAGGAUCAGAACGCUGCUUGGAUUGAACUACAGCGCAACAAGCUUGCUAAUGACAAAAUGUAUUCUCGUGAAACUCGUUUGAGACACAAACGUGAAACUGAUGGACUACAUACUAGGGCUGAGAGGAAGUACGAGCUCUUGAUUUCUUCGAAAGACGCCGAAGUCGCAGAUACUGAAAAGGCUUUGGAAGAUAUGAAAAACAAGUUUGCUGCUUUCCAGAAAAACAUCGAACAAGAACUCAAGGAUGAAGAAAUCCGCUGCGAAACUGAGCUUGCAAACCUUGCUUCCGAGCAGAAGGAAGGUCUCGUGUCUGCUCGCAAAGAACAAGAUGCGGAGAUCCAGCCCUACAUUGAUGAUUUAAAGGCCGCGGAGGAUGAGCACGAACGACUUGUCACCGAGCGUGACAAUCUAACUCAAGCUAUUGCGGACCUUCGGACGUCAAUUGAAAAUCAUAAGGUCAAGAUUGAGGAACUGGACCAACAGUUGGUCCAGUCUGAAGCCGAUCACGGAGAGGAAGAACAGAAGCUUCAGAACUUAUCAACCGAGAAGCAUAACUUUUCAGAGCAAAUUGACUCUCAUUACGUGCUCCUAACUCAAAAAGCGAAAGAGCAAGCUCACCAGUCUUCUGAAGAAUCUCGCUUGAGACAAUUGGAGGUUGACACCAUGAUCAAUGAACGCCAGGGCGAGUUGAAUGCUGCUGAAUUACGUUUGAAGAACGAGAAGUUGGCUCUGCUCGAAGCAAUGAGGAGCGUUACUCAUUUGAAGGGCGACAAGAAGCUAGAUGAGGACAAAGUGAAGGCGCUGUUGGGAGAAACGUCCGAGGAAUUCAUCGCAAGGCAAAAGGAGGCCGAAAAGGUCACUGAAGAGAAGGAGACUGCGACAGAGCCUGUCAAGGGAAGUGUUUCUGAGAAAGACCACGAAGAGUCAAAAUCUUUUGCGAAGAAGAGUGGCGAGGAUGAAGAUCUUAAGGGCUCAGAACAAGACAAGGGUAUGCAGGAAACUGAGACCGCACCUAAGAAGGUAGUAAAAUCACCAAAUGCCAGGCCAAGCAUGGUGGACGCAGUCCUGCCUCCUGAUUUCAAGCCAGAGGUUAAACCCAAGAAGCAAACACCAGCAAGCAGUCCCUCCAAAAAGGCCAUCUCGGCUGCUCAAUCAGAAUCCCCACAGAAUGGUGUAAAGAGGUCAGGAUCCUUGAAGAAAAAACUCUUUGGAUUUGUUCAAAAGGACGAUCCAAAACCUGCCUCAGAAACAUCCACGACAGUAGCAAAAGUUGGCGCCAAGCCUGCCGCGGCCACUCCCAGCAAGAAAAUUCCCGAGGAGCCUGUUGAAAAGCCAAGUGCAGCGGUCAAUACCGGAAGCAAGGACACCCCUACUCUUGCCAAAAAAGACAAAGAAGCAGCAGUUAAAACCGUUGAGGGAAAAAAAGAUGAAAAGACGACCGCACCGUUAGAUACUUUAGAGUCCAAAACCUCCGUUAAAGACGCUGAUACUAUUGAAAAUUCCGAUGACGAUUUGGAAGCUCCGGAUUCCAGCGAAGCAGCUGAAAAUGGUAAGGCACCUAUUGACAGUGAAAAGAAGGAAAGUCUUUUCAAAGAGGUCUUUUAA